CUCUUCUUGCCAACCGCUCCGUCAAAUAAGUAAGAUCAUCUUUCUUCGUUGGCUCAUCACUUUCCCAUUCGACACAUGGCCAUGAAAAUCCGUGGCUGUGUGCUGUGAAUGGAGAUUUACCUGAAGCUAACUGCGCUUGGAAUCAGCGAACCAGAAACCAACCGAACUGCUCCAUACAUUCGUCUAGAAAUGGGGGCGAAGGAACAAGUCUCUGGCCUCCCGUCAUGCUCGAAAGAGAAGAUGAUGUUCUACUAUGUCGUUACACGUUCGAAAAUAUGCUUGGCAUGCUGACGCUUGCUCUUGGCCCACCUCAUUGACGCCACACAGCCUCGUGCUGUGCCUGGGAUAUGGACUCGCAUGGUCGACAAGUGUGAGUAUAAGUAUAAGGUCUCACCAUACACAAGAAUGCUCCUGCACAACCGCACCAUCGCGCAGUAAACACCAUCCAUACUUCAACAAUUCCAUCAUGUCAGACAUCAAGAACCAGAUUGCCAACUUUGGCCCCAAGAACGAGGAACUUCUCGCGACUCUUUCCAAGACAGACUAUGCACCCGCAUCCCUCAAGCAGCAGGCCCUCUACAUCAAAGAUCUAGAAAGCCAGCUCGAAAAGACCAAGAAAGACUACCAGCACUACCAAUGGAAGACCAGAAUCGAAAAGGGCGAGUUCGGAAAGUACCGCGAUUCCACCAUGAAACGCUUCAUGCACAAGAUGGGAGGCAGCAAGGGCAAAGAAAAGUUCGCCAGCAAGACUGAAAAGGAAGAAAAGGAAUACUACGAAGCGCUCCAGGCCGAACGCCAAAGCAAAGACUCCCUCGAAAGCAUCGAGUCAGCACUGGGCGAGGCUCGUCCAGUGAAAGACCAAUACCAGCGCGACGCAAACGCAAAUGCCGCAGCACAGCAGGAACUCGACAACCUCUAUCACAUGAUCUUUGCCGGUCCCACGCCUGCUUUCCCCGAAGAAGACCAGAAAGAAUGGCCCUACUCGCAGGCUCGUGAAGCAUUCAACACGGCCGAACAGCACUACCAGGCUAUCGUGCAGGCUUCGCAUUGCCUCUCCGACGCUAACAAACGUUGCAUGCGAGCAAAGGCACACAUCGAGGAUGCUCUUGAUGCCUCGCGCCUAGACAUGUUUGGCGGCGGAAUGAUGGCCGACAUGGCGGAGCGCGACGCCCUCAGCAAAGCCCAAUCCGAGGCAUCCCAGUUGCAGAGCGCAGUCGACCAGGCGCGACGGAUGUAUCCUGAGCUCCAGCCUAUCGGGCCCGUCAGCAUUGCCCAGGGCAAUAUGAUGAGCGAUGUGCUCUUCGACAAUAUCUUCUCUGACAUGGCUUUCCACGACAAGAUCAAGGACUCUGCGGCGCAACUCAACAAUGUUGCCAGGACGCUGAUGCAGCGUGCGGACCAAGUCAAGGCUGAGGAGAGGAGACAGAAGGGAGAAUUAGAUGGGCUUGCGCAGAGACUGGGCAGCGCCAGGAGGGAUCUGCAGCUCGCCAGACAGGCGAUAUUCGAGAAGGUUGGGAGUGAGCAGCAGCUACCUCCGGCUUAUACAGCGACUGCUGCUGCAGGUUCCUUUUAGGUGGUGAGAGUGUGAUACCCGAUUUGUUUUGAUUAGCAUGCAGGUGACGAUUCAUUGGUGUUUUGUAUAGUCUUAGUGUAUUUUGCCAUACCAAAGUUCUUCAAAUUGUUGAUACAUUAGACCUGGGAGAAAUAUGCUGUACUCAUCUGGCUUUGCCUGGUGCAUGUGAUAUUAUUUUGUUCGCU